AUGGUACCGCGGCAUCCAGAGCCCACGUCAGAGCCACCGCCGCCACGCCCGCGUUUCCCACGUCAAUCGUCCACCUUCUCCAAGCGAUCCUUUGCUUCCUCUUACGGCCACGAAGCCGAUGACGAGCGCUCGCCCAUCAUGGGUCCCGAUGCUGACUAUGGCCCCGUCCGCCCCCGCUACCCCGACGAGGACACCAGCCUGACGUCCCGCAGAGAGCUGUCGGGCUUCUAUAUCUACGGGUGGGCUGCCGAGGUCUUUGUAGUCUGUGGUGUUGGUAAAUGCCUGGCCCUUCUCUCCCCACCGUCGUCGAGUGUCGCGCGCUUUGGGUCCGACUACGGCGCCGUGCAGCGCUCCUUUAUCCCCAUCACGCUUGAGCAACUUGCCCGCGAGCGCGGCGUGCUCCUAUCAGACAGGAAGACGCCUUGCACAAGCCUCAUCGACAUACCCGAUCCGCCAACUGCAGCCUCUCCGCCUUCCGAUUCCGUACAAUGCGUUGUCAAUGUGCUGGGUGUCGAAAUAAACACCGCAAGCUUCGCCAUGUACACGUUUUCAAUCAGUGUCUUGAUUCAAGCACUGCUGAUCAUCUCAAUGUCUGGCGCGGCGGACCAUGGCAGAUAUCGCAAGACCUUAUUGCUCAUAUUCGCAUUCGUCGGCUCGACUGCUACGAUGCUGUUUCUCCCAAUUGUCCCCAAAGUCUAUGUGUUGGGCGCGCUAUUGGCAAUUGUUGCCAAUACGUGCUUUGGUGCGUCGUUUGUGCUGUUGAACUCUUUCCUCCCCCUCCUAGUCAGGCAUCACCCUUCCGCCCAGCAAGCGUAUAUAGACCCUGAUGAGGAUCCCUAUUUCGAGGAGGAUGAGACGCGGUUAGCAGAAGAAGAGCCUGUAGAGGAAGACGAACCAGUGCUUGAGGAAAUUGAUCGUGUGGACUCACGGACAGCUUUGAUAAGAGCUUCAGGAACAGACAUCACGGAGCCUCUGCCGAGAUCCUCAGCUGCAACUUCAGAAGCACUUACACUGUCAACAAAGAUAUCGUCUUACGGUAUCGGCAUUGGUUAUAUUGCCGCACUUUUGGUCCAGACGUUUUCGAUCUUUCUAGUCAUUGCUAUAAAGUCCACAACCUUCUCCCUCCGCCUGGUGCUAUUCUGCAUCGGAGCAUGGUGGUUCAUAUUCGCUAUUCCGGCAGCUUUUUGGCUGAAAUCGAGACCUGGCCCACCUUUACGCAUUGAUACUAGUGGUGGUAAGGCACGAACGUGCUUCGCCUACUUUUCCUACUCCUGGAAAUCUUUGGGAAAAACAGUCAUGCACGCUCGACGACUCAAAGACAUUCUACUGUUCCUUGGCGCUUGGUUUCUUUUAAGCGACGCUAUUGCAACAGUCAGCGGCACGGCCGUCCUCUUCGCCAAAACAUCGCUCGAGAUGAAGCCGGCAGCAAUUGCGCUUAUCAACGUCAUUGCGACGAUCUCAGGCAUCGUCGGUGCCUUUUCCUGGAGCAGACUGUCAAUAUUGAUGGGCUUGAGACCUUCGCAGACAAUACUGUGCUGCAUAGGUCUGUUCGAAAUCAUCCCUAUUUAUGGCUUGCUGGGAUACAUCCCAGCAAUUCGCAGACUAGGAGUUUUCGGGCUACAGCAGCCCUGGGAAAUGUACCCGUUGGGCGCUGUCUACGGGUUCGUCCUCGGCGGACUAUCUUCCUACUGCCGCAGUCUUUUCGGCGAGCUCAUUCCCCCGGGAUUCGAGGCGGCGUUCUAUGCGUUGUAUGCAAUCACAGACAAAGGAUCCAGCGUCUUCGGCCCAGCAGUUGUGGGUGCGAUUACUGAUGCGACUGGAGAGAUUCGUCCGGCUUUUUGGUUUCUUGCGGCUUUGAUAGGCCUUCCAUUUCCGUUAAUGCUGGCAGUCAAUGUGGAGCGAGGCAAGUACGAUGCUCUUGCCUUGUCCGAGGACUUGAACGGGAGUGAGGACGGGGCGUGCAACGAACAAGGAGACGGCGAUGAUCUUUUCAGAUGGAGUAGGACGGAAGAUCAGGCGCGGCCGGGAGAUGGUAGCCGUUGA